GAAGUGAAACUUACCUAAGCUUAAUGAAAUCUGGACUGAUCCACCAACCAGUAACAUUCAAGAAUGCAUGCCAUUGAUAUGUAUUUGGUGACUUGGUGAACUUCAGUGGAGCUUUGGAACUGGAACUUGUUUACCUCAGCUGCCAAGUCGAAGGUACAGGCGACUUGACAGCUUGAACAUCAAAGCCAAGGUGACCCUUAUUAAGAACGAUAUCAAAUACCAACACGGCUUUCCUUGGUCGAGUCUCGAGCUUUAUACUCUUCACAAGCUAUCUCUUUAGUUAUAUCCUCUGCUCAAGAUGGCGCAAGUAAUAUCCAACUCUGGCCACGAUGACAUGAUUCAUGAUGCUGUCCUCGAUUACUAUGGCCGACGGCUUGCAACAUGUUCCUCGGACAAGACGAUCAAGAUAUUCGAGAUCGAAGGCGAAACUCAACGGCUGACAGAGACAUUAAAAGGUCACGAAGGCGCGGUGUGGUGUGUUUCGUGGGCGCACCCCAAGUACGGCAACAUCCUCGCCUCGGCAGGCUACGACGGCAAGGUUUUUAUCUGGCGCGAACAAUCGAACCAAUGGCAAAGAAUCUUCGACUUUGCUCUACACAAGGCCUCGGUGAACAUGGUCGCAUGGUCACCGCACGAAUCGGGCUGUCUUCUGGCGUGCGCGUCAUCCGACGGAAACGUGUCCGUCCUCGAGUUUAAGGACAACAACUUCUCCCACGUUUCGUUCCCGGCGCACGGCCUUGGCGUUAACUCUGUUUCCUGGGCACCUUCCACAACGGCUGGUAGCAUAGUCUCUUCUGCACCUCCAGGCCUGGGUGCUCUUGGCCAACGCCGUUUCGUCACGGGAGGCUGCGACAACGUGCUUAAGCUGUGGGCCUACGACCCUGCGACGCAAGGAUACAAGCAGGAGAGGGAGCCAUUGGCAGGGCACACAGAUUGGGUACGAGAUGUGGCAUGGAGCCCGACGGUGCUACAGAAGAGCUAUAUUGCAUCGGCAUCACAAGAUAAGACGGUACGAAUCUGGACGAGCGAUAGCGCUAGCCAGGGUCAGUGGUCCUCUAAGGUCUUAAACUUUGACGCAGAGGUGUGGCGCGUCAGCUGGAGCCUCAGCGGGAACGUAUUGGCCGUUAGCGGCGGCGACAAUAAAGUUUCGUUAUGGAAGGAGAACUUGCGAGGCGAAUGGGAAUGCGUCAAGACGAUGGAGGAAUGAGGACCAAGGCCUAGCGGAUGAAGGUAUCGAUUACGGGGACGGGUCGAGGAUGAUUGUCAUGAAGCCCGGCGUUCAUGUGUAGAAGAGGCAUUGGGUUGACAGGACUAUUAGUCACUAAAAAGCAGGGUUACUUGCCUCCUGCGGUGGCCCUAAAACUUAGGAAAUAAACAUGAUAUCUUAUAGUAGCCGUGGAGAUGGUAAUACGAGUUUAUUUCACGGUUGUGA